GCGCGGAGGUGAGUCGGUGUGUUGUGGACUCGUGGUGCUGGCUGCCGCUGUUGAGGCGGCCGGGAACGGGCGGUGGGGAGCGGGCGGAGGUGGCCCUGCCUCUGCCUAGCUGGCGCCGCAGUCGGCGCGAGCCGCGCCCGCCGCGGUCAACUGCCCUGAGCGCCUGCUGAGGCCGAGGGAGACGUCGGGGCCUGCACCUGGAGGGAGCCUGCCGCGCUGGCCCCGUGGAGGGGGCGUUGCCAUGGCGACAGCCUCUCCCGCAGCUGACGGGGGACGGGGGCGGCCCUGGGAAGGAGGGCUGGUCUCCUGGCCCCCUGCCCCUCCCCUUACGCUCCCCUGGACUUGGAUGGGCCCGAGUUGGGGGCAACACCCCGGGCAUUGGGGCUUUCCAGCUCUCACAGAUCCAUCAGCAUCCCCAGCUGCCAGUCUUGGCAUCUUCGAAGUAAGGAGAGUUUUAGAUGCUUCUGGAUGUUCAAUGCUAACACCUUUACAGACUGGAGCAGCUCGAUUUUCUUCGUAUUUACUUUCAAGAGCAAGAAAAGUGUUGGGCUCCCACUUAUUUUCUCCCUGUGGUGUUCCGGAGUUCUGCUCCAUAUCCACCAGAAAGCUGGCGGCCCACGGCUUUGGCGCAUCCAUGGCGGCAAUGGUGUCCUUCCCUCCCCAGAGGUAUCACUACUUUUUAGUGCUGGACUUUGAGGCCACGUGUGACAAGCCACAGAUUCAUCCUCAGGAAAUCAUCGAGUUCCCCAUCCUGAAGCUAAAUGGCCGGACCAUGGAGAUUGAAUCUACCUUUCACAUGUAUGUCCAGCCCGUAGUCCAUCCACAGCUUACCCCCUUCUGUACAGAGCUCACCGGGAUUAUUCAAGCCAUGGUGGAUGGUCAGCCAAGCCUGCAGCAAGUGCUGGAGAGGGUCGAUGAGUGGAUGGCGAAGGAAGGCCUCUUAGAUCCAAACGUCAAGUCAAUUUUUGUCACCUGUGGAGACUGGGACUUAAAAGUCAUGCUCCCAGGCCAGUGCCAGUACUUGGGCUUGCCAGUGGCGGAUUACUUCAAGCAGUGGAUUAAUCUGAAAAAGGCUUACAGCUUCGCCAUGGGCUGCUGGCCCAAGAAUGGACUUCUAGACAUGAACAAGGGCCUCAGCCUGCAACACAUAGGUCGGCCCCACAGCGGCAUUGAUGACUGCAAGAAUAUUGCCAACAUCAUGAAGACACUCGCAUAUCGAGGCUUCAUCUUCAAGCAAACAUCAAAGCCAUUCUGAUUGGCCGAGGACAGGAUGGGGCAGGACAGGGUAGCUGCUUGGCCCAGCCCAGAAUCCUCCUCUCCCUCACCAGAGGGGAAAAGGGAGAGUGGCACAGCUCUGCGUCCAGAGUGUCCCCCAGCUGCCCUGUGGGCUUGUGCCCUGGGCAAGGGCUUGGCCACUUGGCCCCUCUGAGCAGACACUUUGUGCUCCCCAUCCCCACCCCUCAAUCUCAGCCCAGUAUCAGCCCCUCCCACAUGGGCCUGGGCUAGUGGGACCCAGGCACUCACUGCCUCCUCCCUGGUACACAGGCUUCUGCUGGGGCCACCAAGCCCCCCUGUGCCCCCUCCCAUCCAUAGUGCAUGGUGUGUGGUGCCCCCAGGGCUCCAGGACAGGUCAGGCCCCACCUUGUGUCUAACCCCUUCCCCGCUGUGAACGUGCCACUGAAUAAAGUCGGGGAAAUGAGGCCCUGGGUGUGUGUG